AUGGCCCCUUCCACAGUGACUCAGAGGAUCGAUCAACUGGAACAAGGUAUGACGGAGAUGCGCUCAAUCGUGGCUGAGGAGAUCGCAAAUGCCCUAGCUAACUCGCGAUUGGAAGGGAAGGUGGCGCACAACCGUGAGGAGCAGGAGCGUUUCCAGCGAGAAGUGCGAGACUCGUUGGGAGCCCUACGCUCGCGUUUCGAAGGCGAAUCAGGGGAAUCAGAUGCUAGGGCACCACCACGUCGGUUCUCACCAAAUCAAUUUCUUAAUCAAGAUGAUGGGGGUAUGGGUUUGAACCCAGUUAACAAUGCCAAUUGGAGAUUCAAGAGGUUGGACAUGCCCGCCUUUAAUGGAGAGAACCCGGAUGGAUGGAUCCUCCGUGCUGAACACUUCUUUAAGUCUUAUCGACUUUUAGAGGAGGAUAAGCUAGAGGCGGCGGUGGUGGCGCUGGAAGGUGAUGCUCUAUUCUGGUAUCAAUGGGAGCACAAGCGUCAUCCUAUGACCACUUGGGGCGAAAUGAAGGGAUUAAUCCUGAGGAAAUUUCGAUCCACCUCCACCGGCACACUCCAAGAACAGUGGUUGAAUAAUCGCCAGCUAGGAGGAGUGGAUGAGUAUCGCAGAAGAUUCAUCGAGCUCUUGGCUCCCCUGGAAGGUGUUCCUGAAGAAAUAGCUAUGGGGCAAUUUAUAAAUGGCCUUAAGGAAGAGAACCAAAUCACACCUCACCAUCAAAAUAGAACCCUCAAUUCCACAAAUAUAAACCAAAAACCCGGAGAAAUAAGGAGAUUAACAGAGCGGGAGGUCCAACAAAAGAGGGAGAAGGGAUUAUGCUUUAAGUGCGAUGAUAAAUGGUUCAUUGGCCAUAGAUGUCGUAGAAAAGAGCUCAGUGUGUUGAUUUCACAAGAUGAGGAGUAUGGAGAGGAAUCUGAAUUGAAUACAGACGGGCAAACGAAGGAGAUGGCACAUACAGAGAUGGCGGAGGAAUUACAACCCGAAAUAUCCUUCAAUUCUGUUAUGGGAUUCACGAGCCCUCGCACUUUGAAAAUGCUGGGUUACAUAUUGGGCAAGGAAGUAGUAGUGAUGAUCGAUCCAGGUGCCACUCACAACUUCAUCUCCAGAGAAGUGGUCGAGACGUUGGGUGUUCCCCUUUUCCCUACAAAAUCGUUCGGUGUGUCAUUGGGGACAGGGGAAUCCGUGCAAGGAACAGGGUUGUGCAAAGAAGUCAGUCUACAACUUCCAGGUAUGGUUAUUAUUGAGGACUUCCUUCCUCUUCCUCCGGGAAAUUUGGAUGUUAUUUUAGGGGUUCAAUGGUUGGAAAAAUUGGGGACUAUCAUGACUAACUGGAAAACCCAAACCUUAAAAUUUCAGUUGGGUAGUGAGCAUAUAACUCUUAAGGGGGACCCUUCGCUGGGAAGGACUAAAAUCUCAUUGAAAGCCAUGAUACGAACCUUGCAGAAGGAGGGUGGGGGGUAUUUAGUCGAAUUCAAUCAAAUGUCAAGUGAUCCCCGUAAAGAUGACGGGUUGGAAAUGGGACAAGUUCCCUCAAUACUACAUGGGGUUUUGCAGGAGUUUAAACACGUUUUCAACAUGCCCUUGGGUUUACCUCCUAAGAGAACCUAUGAUCAUGCCAUAGUACUCAAAGAUGGUACCGAUCCUAUUAGUCUGAGACCUUAUAGAUAUCCUUAA